CCUUCUUCUGUUCCUCUUGACACAGAUCCAAGAACCAUGUCUGAUAUCUAUUCUUAUAACGUCGAGCUCUCCAAAUCUACCCUCCCCCUCGCGGAAUUGAAGGACAAGACGAUUCUUUUUGUCAAUGUCGCUUCGAAAUGCGGCCUCACCCCUCAGUACAAAGAGCUCCAAGCUCUGCACGAAAAGUACGGUGACAAAGGUCUCGUCAUCAUCGGGUUCCCUUGCAACCAGUUCAAAGCUCAAGAGCCUGGGUCGGACGACGAAGUGCUCCAGUUCUGUCAGCUCAACUACGGCGUUACGUUCCCUAUCGCCAAGAAAGCGGAUGUGAAUGGCGAAAACACCCAGGCCAUCUGGAAAUACCUCAAAGAACACGCCGACCCCCCCGUCAAGGACAUUGACUGGGUACGUUCAAUCCCUCAUCCCCCCUUCCUAUCCUGUAUUUUGGUGAGUACAAGAGCUGAUACAUCGGUGGGGUGUGUGUAGAACUUUUCCAAGUUUUUGGUCAAGGACGGACAGAUCAAGUGGUUCGCUGCCCGUGACACCAAGGUCGUACGUCUUCUUCUCUUCCCCUCCCCUUCCCUUUCCAUUCCAUUCCACUCCCUGUUUUGAUGAUUGUGUGCUGACAAGAGUGGGUAGAGCGAUGUGGAAGCUGCUUUGACCCUCUAAAUCUUUUUAGGAGGUUUGUGAACAAGUUGAGAAAAGGAAAGAAGACAGAAGACAGAAGAAAACUAUGCAACCUGUUACAUUGCCU